AUUGCUUCAGUUGGCAGCACUGCAGUAUUUUGAUUGACGCAAUAGCUACUACCAUUAUUUCACAUAAAUGUAGUGAAUUAAACGCAAUUAAAUUCUAUUUGCGCUAAUUAGAUUUGCGCGUCGCGAUCACUAAAGUAUUGCGCGACGUGUCUUUUAUCUUACUAACACAGUUUACACGACCAAAGAGCAAGAAAAGAAGCAAAAAUGACGCUCGAUGGUAACAAGGACGAGGCUGAAAAAUGCAUAGCGAUCGCUCAAAAUGCAUUUACAGCAGGGAAUAUGGAGAAAGCAGAGAAAUUUCUGCUUAAAGCUGAGAGAUUAUACCCUACUACGCAUGCUAAAGAGUUGUUGACGCGGGUUAGGGCUGCGGGGCCUUCUACAGCGGCGCCUAAACGGACACCACCUUCCAGUCCUAGUGCUGAAGAGGUGAGGAGACGGAAAACUCCUGCUCAUCAGCCUCCACAGAGGGAAUAUACUGCGGAACAGCAAGAGGCAGUUCGUAGAGUGAAUAAGUGCAAGGAUUUCUAUGAAAUUUUGGGCGUAUCAAAAGAAGCUACAGACUCGGAUAUCAAGAAGGCCUACAAGAAAUUGGCUCUCCAGCUACAUCCAGACAAGAACCACGCCCCGGGAGCUGGGGAAGCUUUCAAGGCGAUAGGCAACGCGGCAGCUAUACUCACAGACGCGGAGAAACGCAAGCAAUAUGACUUACGUGGCGAAGAGCCAACUCACGCGCCGACCACCCAUCACCAGUACUACUCGCGAGGAUUCGAGUCGGAUCUCACUGCUGAAGAGUUGUUUAACAUGUUCUUUGGGGCUACAGCGGCAUUCCCCGGUGGCGGUGCCCACGUCUACGCCCGCCGCCGAGCCCGGGAGCCCGAGCCCCGCGAGCACGCCGGCCUGGUGCAGCUGCUCCCAGUCCUGGUGCUCGUGCUGCUGUCCAUGCUCUCCGGCUACUUCAUCAGCGAGCCCGUGUACAGCCUCACGCCCAGCUCCAAGUACCCCGUGCCUAGGGACACGCAGCAUCUCAAGGUUCCUUACUACGUGAAAGAGAACUUCCACACUGACUACCAGGGCUCGCUGCGACGACUCGAGAUGGCCAUAGAGGAGGAAUAUAUAGUGGGCCUCCGUCACGCGUGUCAACGAGAACGCAACUACCGCGACAGCAUGGUCUGGAAAGCAAGAAACUUCGGCGACAGCAGGCAGUACGCAGACGCGCAGAAACUGCGCACACCCAGCUGCGAGAAACUGCAGAAAUAUCACCGAUAGACAGUGAUAAUCACCGAUUUAUAUCAUCUAUAAUCACCUGUAACAGUAUGUGAUAAUCACAUCACCAAAUGAUGGUAAUAUUUGCCCAUAAAUUUUUGUGAAACAUCACCAAUAAAGUUUGUUUUAGUCAAUGAUAUAAUAUAUGUCACCUAAUGAUGGUGAUAAAAAUCUGUGAAAAUUUUUGUAUUAUUCACCGAUAUAAGUAUGUGAUAAUCACCACUGGUAAUUUAGUGCUGAUAAAUUUCUGUGAAAAUCACCACCGAUAAAUAUCAGUGGGGAUUACCAAUUAUUAAUGUUAGUAUUUGUUUGGUUCACAACUUCGAAUUUAAUAACUAGAAGUAUCACAGAAAAAUCACCUAAAAAUGACACUUAUUACACAUCACUUUUUCACCGAUAAAUAUCGCGAAUAUAUCGGUGAGAAAUUACUUAAUACGACCUUCAUCGCCGAUGAAUAUCAGUAUUAAUCACCGUUUAUGUUAAUGAUAUUUAAUGGUGAUUACAUACGGCAAUAUUUAUCGUUUACACGAUAUUUUGUCUGCAAAUAAUAUCAAGUUUGUAUUAUUUUCAAAUGUUUUAAAGUAAAUUAUAUAUAAUUGAGUCUAGGUACACCACAUUUUUUUAGUCAAAAUAGCGAAAUAAAUUGUUAGUAGAAUUCACAAAAUCUACUCUAUACUAUUUAGUCUUAUGAAAAUUACACGAUUUUAUAUUAUAGCCAAAAAUUGAGUUUGUAAAUUCCCCAAAUAUAAUAUCUAGAUACUAAUAUUAUAAAGUUGAAGAGUUGGUUUGUUUGAAGUACUGGUCCGAUUUGAAAAAAUAUUUCAGUGUAUAUUGCCCAUUAUUGGAUGCAGGUCGCCUCCAACAGGUAUCUGUGGAGAUCUAAGGGGGAGGCCUAUGUUCAGUAGUGGACGUCCGCCGCCUGAGAUGAUGAUGAUGAAUGAUAUUGCCCAUUUAUCGAUUUUUAUCCGGGUGCGUGAAGUAGUUCCCACGGAUGUCAGUUAAUCCGCCGGCGGUAGUUAGUACGCAAAUACAUAUAACGAUUAAGUUCCUAUAUGCAUGUUAUUAUUUUAUGUAUCGGGAGUGAUCACACGCUUGCGUGAGAUCAAAUCUUAGGUAGAUAAAUUCAUGUCCAAAAGUUAUAAAACAUGUCUAUAAUAAUAUUGUUUAGGAACUAGAAAAGUUUUAUUUAUCAUCACCGGGAAUGUUGCAUUUUCUUUUGUUGUAAAUAAUGAAUCUUGUAUUUCUGAUUUUUGCGAUAAUUUUAGACCUUUAACCUUUUCUGCAACUACUGUAACCCAAGAUAUUUUAGAAUAUAACCUGAUUUAAAAAGACAGAGGCCCGGUUAUUAUCCGUUGGCCUCGUAGACCCAGAAUUAUAUGAAAAUGACCAAUUUAAAACAAAUAUUUAGUUCUUUUUUCCUCUUGGAAAAUUAUCCACUUAAGGUGCGUUUUGAAAGAUAACUGUCGACCGCACUUGCAGUGACUGCAUGAAAUCGGUCAAUAUCUGAGGGCGACUGCACGUGCUGCUGCCGCUUCGAUAUAAAACGGUUUCAUGUAAAUAAUACAAACCAGGCUUGAUUCUGCUAAUUUUAUUUAAGCGACAUACGAUUGAUAUCCAAUCACGAGUCAAUUACGAUUGAAGCGUAUGUGGCAUUCCGCUAUUUUUAUUUUAAAUAAAAGUUUUUAUCCUUUUCUGUGACAUAAUGGAUCAUAUUGUAUGCAAAUGAUUUACGAUUGCAAUAUGAUUGUAGACCAAACUGCCGUAUAGACAAAAUGGCAAACCAAUGAAAUGUCAUUGGAAUACGAUUGGUCUUAUAUUAGUAGCAGAAUGCCCGAUAAGGUUGAAACUGGUAUUGAGAUUGAAUCAGGCCCCAGUAGAGUGCAGCUGCGGCCGAUUUCAUGCAGUCACUGCAAGUGCAGUCGACAGCUAGCAUUCAAAACGAACCUUUACAUUGCAUUUUCUCAUAGUAUUACUAUUAGUGGUUUGUUCGUAUUUCAGAGUGGCAUACUUAUAUGACAAGGACAUAGGGUGACUGGUAUGUAGUGACCGAUGCUUAAACACUGUGUUUCUACUCAUGAUUAUAAAACAACUUUCCCAAAGAAACAAUUUUUUUUUAUUGUCUUUAGUUUAAAUCAAAAUCUUGGUCGUGGGAUUCAUAAAAUAGGAAGCAUUUAUAUACAAAAACCCAAGAUGUACAGUCUCGAAUGAAAGUAACGCUCGAAAGUGUCCCCGAACACUAAUUCUGUCUCUUUCUAUAAGGUACUAGCUUAUGUUAUAGCAAGUUCAACUUUACGCGAAUUGUUUAAAGUUGUUAUUACAACGCACUGUAGUUAAAGCAAUACAAUUUUACGAGCGAAGUGGUCGGCUAGGACGAAGCAAAUGAGCGCACAAUUUUGAAUGUUGCGCUCAUUUGGUGAGGACGUUUUUGAGCCGUUGAGUGUGCAUCUUGAGUUUUUUGUAUAUCAAUGAUAGGAAGGUUUAAAUAAUUUAUUUGUAGUGAGAAAUAUUUAGAAAGUAACUGAACAAAUUAUGACGCAAUUUGGUUAAGAAAUAGAUUGAACUUUGGGAAAGAAAAUUUCUUUUUCUAUUUUAGUCAAAGGUUUGAAAAUAAUAGAUGUUUUCACCAUUCACGAUAAGUUAGUCAAAAUAAACGAAUUUAGGUUAUAAAUAAAAAGUUUGUUAAUUUAUUCGAAAAUCACUAUAAUGUAUGUACAUAUAUGUUUUUGUUUUAUUUGAUUAUUAUAAAUAAAGAUGUUUAAAUAUA